CAGCUGGUGACUGCCAGCGGGGACAGACAUCAGAAGCAGACUGCACCUUGCCAACUCUGCCCUUGGGGGCAGCGCGCGGCGGGUCCGGAUCCAUCCCCCCCCCCGUUCUUUUAUUGAACACCUACUGUGUGCUACUUGCUGGUGGAUAAGCUGCGUACUGACCUCACCUCUGUGGAACCGAGAGACUAGUGGGGCAGAAGGAGGACAAUGAAUGCUUCCGAAUGCCUGCCCGAGCAGGUGUGGUAUCUCUACCCGCUGACCAUAGCCACCCUGUGUGUGUCCUGUGUCAUUGGCGCGCUGGGCAACGCGAUGGUGCUGUGGCUGACUUUCUUCCGGAUGACCCGCACCGUCACCACCGUCUGGUUCAUUAACCUGGCCCUGGCUGACUUCGUCGUGCUGGUGACCCUACCCAUCACCAUAUACUACGUGGUGAGUGGCCAGUGGCCCCUGGAGAAGUGGACCUGCAAAUUCUACAUGGCCUUUCUGGCCCUCAACUUCUUCGUCAGCAUCUACCUUCUGGUCCUCAUCUCUGUGGACCGUUGCAUCCUCGUCUUCUGCCCUGUGUGGGCCCGGAACCACCGCACCGUGAGGCGCGCAAGCUGGCUGGCUUUGGCUGUGUGGCUGGUGGCAGCGGCCGCCUGCUUCCCCUACCUGCAGUUCCGGGACAUUGUGCCCGCCAAAGGAUGCAACCACUGCUACUUCAAUUUCAGCCUCGGGGGAGGUGGAGACCAGCGUGAGAAGUCCAGGGCUUUGCGGAGACAGAGGGAGGUGAUCGUCUCUCACUUCCUGCUGGGUUUCCUGGUGCCAUUGGCCAUCAUUGGGACCUGUGCCCACCUCAUCCGAACCAGGCUUCGGCGGGACGGCUGGGCCCACACUAGCCAGCCGAAGAGAAUGCUGGUGGUGCUGGUGACCGCUUUCUUUGUGUUCUGGUUUCCGUUUAACAUAGCGCUGCUGGUCCAGCUGGAAAAACUGGUGGAACCGACCAACCCCUUCUUCCCUAAGCUGAUGCUCAUCCUCUGGGCUACCUUCUCCCUGGGAUGCCUCAACAGCUGUCUUAACCCCUUCCUUUACGUCUUCAUUGGCAGAGAUUUCCGAGAGAGGUGUUUCCAGUCUUUGUCUUCUACUUUGACCAGGGCGUUUGGUGAAGAGGGUUUCAUAGCUCAUAUUGUCCCCGAGGUGAAGCCCCCAGGGAAAAAUGGGUCCCUUCAGGUGGAUGCCACAAGUGUGACACUAGAAGCCCUGCCUCCUCUUCCAGGAGUUCUUCCUAGCAAUUCCCCAUCUAAAGCUCUGUAGUACAGGCAUCCAGGUUUCCUCUACUGUCCAUUGACCCUUCUUUUAUAGGAGGACUUCUCUGUCUUAAACUGGUCAUCUGUUUAACCAGAAAAAAGUAAGUAGAACUAAUGAAAACAAGAGAAAGACUACAUUUCCCAAUAUCCUUUGCAAGGGAGUACAACCAUGUGACUACUUUCCAGCCAAUCAGCUGUGAGUGGAAGUAGGUAAAGCAACUUCUUUGAAAUGCCCUUAAAUGAGAGGCCCGCCCUCCACUCUGCUAUUUAACUAGAUAGUGGAUGUAUCAGUUUGUUUUUGCUAUGUAAGAAACAUCACCAAAAUUCAUAAAAUAUAACCUUGUGUGAUUUUUAUAGAUCAGCAAUCUGGACUGGGAUGAGUUUACCAGCCCAGCACUGCAUGCUGCUGGUCAGAGCGAGUCACAAGUCCAGUCUUGACCCAGGUGAGAGGGACCCACUUGAUGGGAAAGCCUGCAAAGUAACAAUGCAAAGGGGCACUGGCACAGGACAGCACACAGAACUGGAGCCCUUGUGCAGUCUGCCGCAGCAACCACAGUGGCAAGCCACAUCGGAAGUCACUGUGUCCCCAAGGAGUCACCUGCCAGUCCUUCAACGCUCUCACCUGGGUCGUGAGGCAGGCGGCGCAAAGGCUCACUUGUUGGAGCCACUAUUAGUUUAGGUCUCUGUGGCAGCAGCUGAAUCUGCCUCUGCCUUGACUAGGAUGGCAUCAGCCUCUGGCGUCCGCAUGCAAUGAGACAACAGCGUUCCUCUUGUGGAAGCCGGGCUGGAGUUGGGUAUUCUAUGACCUGCAGUCUGAAGCAGCUCUUAGCGAUGCAAGCAGUGAAUCCCCCUCUCACUAGAGGCAAAACCCCAACAUCCAGGCCAGAAAUGAUUGCAUUACUUGCUCCAGUCCAUAAGAACAGGUUGGAUUUGGGCUGAGAACCCCACCUGUCAGCACCUCCCUCCCCCUCCCCCAUUUUGCAAGAUGACAUCCAAUAAGCCAGGUGUGGUGGCGCACACCUGUAAUCCCAGUACUCAGGAGGCUGAAGCAGGAGAGUUGCUGUGAGUUUGAGGCUAGCCUUGGCUAAAUAGAGAGAUUCUGCCUCCAAAGCAGGGAGGGGGGACGUCUAUGUCCCCAUGUCUGAGAGUGAGGAGAGGCUUAAAUGUUGGCAUCUGAGUGUUCUGAGGAAUGGAGCUACUUUUAAAGAAAUAAACUGGGGAAAGGGGUUUACUUACAAAACCUGAAAGUGGUGUAGAUACAUGGUAAAAAGAUAUUUCUUGCUUUCGUUCUUUUUUUUUUUUUUUCUGGUCUUUUUUGAGACAGGGUCUCACUGUGCAGUUCAGACUGGCCUUGAAUUCACGUAUGUAACAAUCUGUGGUCUCAAACUCAUGGGGAUUCUCCUGCCUCAGCCUCCUGAGUGCUAGGAUUACAGGCAUGUGCCACACUCUUCCGGUCUUAAUCCUCCCUGGAGACAUCCAUCACCUUUUUACACCUUUUGUCACCUUCUGGAUCCCUUAGCCACGCAAGAGCACUUUAAACACACACACAGUACACCAUGGACCCAAUCCUAACACCUUGCAUAUUCUAGGAAGCAGGCAUAGAAAUGCAUAAUUGUUCUGAGCGGGCUUUCUCUGCAGGGGUGGCUGAGGGUCCCUUGGACCCAUGCACUGGGUCCAUCUCCUGUUGAUGGGCAGUCAGGUGUUUUGUGAGUCUGCUGUAAUAGCGUUUUUGAAAGCUUGAAAACUCUUCAAUAUGACACGCAUUUCUGGACAAGAGAAGAAUGGAAUCGGGUGAACUCCUUGAUUUACCAUAGCAUGGACGCCCAUAGGAUUUUGCCAGGCUAGGGAAGAAAACGACAUGACCCCACCCCUGUCCCGAUCGCCUCUGAUCUGCACCAGGCACAAACUCGAUUCCGAAUGUUACUGUCUGUGUUGUUUGGCCUUUCGUUUUUCUGCCAAAGAUUUCGUCUGAAACAUUUCAAAACUGCAGUUAAAGUGACAACUGCAAAGCGAAAGAAUAGCCUUUAAAGCACGCUCAUCAAAUGUUAGUAUUUGCAUCACCCCACAGGCGGGCCCCACUCUCCCUCCGUACACGCGUGGGACAGGCAGACACACCUCAGUCAUUCCAGUUCUAGGCAGACCAACGUAGGGAGAGCGGCCCGGGGGACCCAGGGACAGACCGCAGCCACCGGGGCUGUUCCCACAGGGCUGUCCCCACAGGGCUGUGUCCAGAGGCAGCUUCGGAAAGUUUCCAACGUGAGCCUUUCCCCUGCAGAGCCAUAGAUCCUUAUUUUCCUUAAGGACUUUAACAUGGGAGGAUCUAAGAAACAGGCCGUGUUGCAACUUCCUAACUGUCCCAGUUAAGAAAUUUAUUUCAUUUUUUAAAAAUUCAGGACAUGCUGGGUGUGGUGGCCCAAGACUGCAGUAAUCCCAGCAUUCUGGGAGGCCGAGGCAGGAGGAUUGCACAUUCAAGCCCCGUCUGGGCAACCUAGUGACUUAGCAAGACUCAAAAUAAAAAAUAAAUAAUAAAAAGGGCCGGGACA